GGCUUGAGGCUGAGACUCGAGCUCAAGAAAGAAUCAGGUAACGAGUGCAACAGGGAAAUGGACACAUCCUCAUAACGCGAUAGCGGCCAUCAAUGGCGGAUGCGCAUUUUAUCCCCUUAAUCGCUCCAAAUCCAUUCCCUCGUUCCCCCUUUCAUUUCGCUUCACCUGCUCGAUUCGCAUCAAAAUCUCUCGUCGCCAUGGCGGCGCCUAACUCCAGCAGCGCCUCCCCCUGCUCAGUCUCAUCGUCUCCUUCUUCCUCGAUCUACAACCCUAACCCUAAUCCCCAGCCCUCGUUGCUCGUUUUCUCAGGAGGGACUGCAUUUAAUGGUGUUGUGGAAGAGCUAAAAAAGGUAACAACUCGAGUUGCCCAUGUUCUUCCAGUCUCUGAUGAUGGAGGAAGUACAGCUGAGAUCGUCCGUGUUCUGGGUGGGCCAGCUGUUGGCGAUAUUAGAUCAAGAUGUUUGAGACUGUCUGAUGAAAGUACUUCUGAAGCUGUUGCUGUCAAGAGGUUGCUUGGGCACAGAUUGCCUCUUGAUGCAUCACAAGCAAAAUCAGAAUGGUAUAGAAUUGUUGAAGGAGAGCAUUCUUUGUGGAAUGGUGUGUCACAGCCUUACAGUGAAACAAUCCGGGCAUUCUUGGUUUAUUUUCAAAAUCAGAUCCUCCGCCACUCGAGUGGAUCAUUUUGUUAUAGCAAUGGCAGUAUUGGUAAUUUCUUUUUUGCUGGUGCGCGCAUAUUCUUCCAGUCUUUAGAUGCUGCCAUAUUUCUGUUUUCACGAGUCUCAGAAAUACCCAGAGAAAGUGUUGUGCUUCCUGUUAUCUCUACUAAUGAUAGGCUCACACUGGGAUGUGAAUUAUGGGAUGGGACUGUUAUACGUGGUCAGAAUGAAAUAUCACAUCCUACUGAUGGGCAUAUGACAGUGAUAAGCAAGGAUUGUUCUUCAGUUAGAAGUUUGCCGUCCAGAAUAAAACGGGUUUUCUAUAUGUCAAGUGAGGGCUGUAACUUACUGCAUGAGGUUUUCCCUACUGUGAAUCCUACAGUUCUGGAGCAGUUAAGCAAAGUGGACUGUAUCGUUUAUGGCAUGGGAUCUCUUUUCACUUCCAUAUGCCCAUCUCUGGUUUUGCGGGGAGUUGGCGAGAUAAUUGCUUCAAGAUCAAUUCCCAAGGUCCUUCUGUUGAAUGGCUCACGUGAUAGAGAAACCACUUCUUUGUCUGCUUCGGACUUUGUAGCUGCAAUUACAGAUGCCCUCAACCGAACUCAUGGAGACCCUCACAAAUCUCUUGCUAACCCACCUGGUGAUUAUGUUAAUACACUGUUGGUUCCUAGAGGUGGUGAAGUUCCUGUAAAUAUCGACUAUUUGGCUGCUCAAGGAGUCCGCCAAGUGGUGACUGUGGAUUCCAUACACGAUCCUAAGGUGGGGGUAAUAUUUGAUCCUACGUCUUUAAUCAGUACCCUUACCAAUUUGAUUUUGUAUUUUAGAGAUUCAUGUUUAAUUAAUUCCAACAUUACCAUUUGAUAGUAUAGACCAACAUAUGUAAAUAAAUGAUAUAUGAGCAACUGCUUUUAAUAUAUUCCACUCGAGAAAUAAAUAUUUGAGGUACAUUUAUUUA